AUGUUGGAAGCCAUAGACAACAAAAAUCUAACGGCACUAAUUUUAUUGGAUUUAUCCAAGGCAUCUGACAGUGUCAGUCAUUCGAUUUUAUUACACAAAUUGAGUUGUAUCGGUGCUUCACCCGAAGCUGUUAAAUGGUUCCAAGACUAUUUAACAGGCAGAUCCCAAUACAUGCGCAUUGGAUCCACCAAGUCAUCAGCUUGCCCAAUAACCCAUGGCGUUCCACAAGGUGCAAUACUAUCACCACUUCUGUUUUGCAUCUAUAUUAAUGAUCUGCCAGGGAGCAUACAAUCGUGUAACCUUGAUUCAUACGUAGACGACUCAAAGCUUUACAAAUCAUUCUGCAUCUACGACUUGGAACAGACAACUAUCAAUUUAGAGGCAGAUCUACAAAUAGCAGCCAAGUGGUGUUUGGAGCACCAAUUACUGAUCAAUCCAGAAAAAACUAAAUUCCUUGUAGUCGGUUCAAGACCCAUGCUGCAGAAUGUACCUACAGAAAUAUCGCUAACAUUUUUAGGAAAGACUAUAAGACCUGUUUUAUUAGCUAAAGAUUUGGGUAUCAAUUUGGAUUCGUACCUAUCCUACGACGACCACAUAUCUAAACUCGUUUCGUCGUGUAUGAGAAAACUAUGUCAAAUAAAUCGCGUGAAGGAUAGUUUCGAUAAUGAAACAUUAAAAUUGGUCAUUGAGACACUUGUAAUUAACAAGCUUCUGUACUGCUCUACGGUGUGGUCCAACACGUCAUCUAACAAUAUCAAUAAACUUCAAUCAGUGCAGAACUUCGCGAGUUAUAUCAGGGGUAGGAAAGUUCGAUCACAUAACUCCGGCGUUGCGCGAACUAAAUUGGUUGCCAGUGGAAAAGUUAUUAUUGGAAAGGGAUACUGUAAUGGCUUACAAGUGUUUUAAUGGACUUGCACCUGACUACCUAGUAGAUAAAUUUAUAAAGCGUUGCGACAUACAUGAUCGAUCGACAAGAAAUCAUGACCUCUUGGACAUCCCUCUGUAUAAAUCUGCUACAGGUCAAAGAACAUUUAAUUACCGGGGUGUUAAAAUAUGGAAUGACUUGGAUGAUAAACUAAAAAAUAUUACAUCAAUAACAAUUUUUAAGAAAAAACUUAGGGAGAUUUUACUAAAAGAAUCCUAUUAAAUACAUUUAAUAUUUUAUACUCUUUGUACAUAUUUUAACUAAUUUUAAAUAAGUAUAUGUAACAUAGGUAGUUUUAGUAGUAAUUUAUAGUAAUUUUAAUAUGUAAUGUAGUGUUGAAAAGCCCUUAGGGGAACACGCAAUAAAGUAUCUAUCUAUCUAUCUAUCUAUCUAACCUUUAUCUAUAAUCCUUAGAACCCUAAUCUUAAUUAACGCUUUCCCUAUUCCACAUUACCCUAAUCCUAUAACCCUAAAGUCUAAAUAUGGUAACUCCACCCAAAACGUGACUCAUAUGAUCCAUAAUUGUAAUGUUUUUCUUCUCCAUAGGGUGUUACCGUUUCUCCGAUGGCUCUUUCAUGAAAUAUCUUGGUUACAGCACAAAGAAUCUCAAAUUAUUAGAGAUUUCUGCUCCAAUUUUUGGAGCAAACUACCACUCUAAUUGCAAAGUAAACGAGGAGUUAAAAUUCAUUCGUCAUGGCAAAAAAUGGAAGAAGAACACUGGCAACAUUUUCUCUAUUAAGUACCAAUAUGGCAAUACAAUAAAAAUUAAGGUAUAAACGGGAAAGAAGUCAGUAAGCCACGGUUCAAAUUUUUCCGAUGUACCGAAUGUACAGUUCCUCAAUUAAGUGCGCAUGAAAAGUUCGACGUCUGAAUCAAUUAUAAAUUCGACAGUUUUGAUUAAUUAAAUGCGACUCUGUCGAAUAAAACAACCACGGUGCGACGUUGAUUUAAACGUCGUAAUUUCCAUGCAUGCAUGCAUGUGCCGAGUAUAAUGCAUAUAAAUUAGUGUAACUGCAAAACAAUUAUUUUAUUGCCCUGAAUUGCCCCUUAUUACGCCCAUUUAGCCCACAUUACGAGUUAGUUGCCAUGCGCAGAAGUCAUGAAAAAAGCGCAAAUAAAUGUGGUUUAAAGUCAUCGGCAAACGCGGAGUAGUAUUUCGGCUAAAUGCACAUUCAUUAUGAGCGACUACAUAGAAUAUACCAUGAAAAUCGUUACCAACAAAAGCUUGUUUUAUUAUUGGCACUACAUACACUGGCACAGGCAGUUCAAGAUUAAAUAUAGAACAUAGCUUCUUCACGUCUUCAUGCAGGUUUCGACGUUUUUUUGGGAGACGUUUAGUACAGAUUACAAGACUUUCGAUUCUAUUUUUACCAAGACAGAUGUUAUUUAUUGAUUAUUUAUGUAUUAUUGUAUUUCAACUUUAUUUAUACACUUGAUAAAUUCAAUAUAUAUUAUUAUGGAUGAAAAUGUUAGGUCAGAUGAGAACGUCAUCUUAUAGGUUAGUGGUCGAAAUGUAUAGCUAUGUAAUCGCUUAUAUUGUACAUGUAAAACAUUCACGACAACUGUAGUCAGCCGCAAGGAAGCUGUACGUUCUUUCUUUGUUAUAAAACCAUGAAUUUGUCUGAGCCUUAUGUACAUUGAUGCAUGUGCGAGGUUUACAGAUAUUCCUGAAUAUCCGUAGUUACAGUGUAUAUAAAUAAUAUGCAUAAAAAUAUAAUAAUUUUCAUUGAAAAUAUAUUUAAAAUUAUACCUGUCAUCUGUGACUAUAAGGACUUGAUUAAAUUCGAAUUAAACGAAAUGUUAUUUUGAUUGCUCCCCUGAUUUUUUUUGUUUUUAUAAAUUAUUUUAGUUUUCUACGAUGGAACAAUUCAAAGCAUGGAAUGGUUCACUGUUAAGGCUUUCUGUUUCUUGUGGAAGUGAAACACAGUGUGUCCUGUUAAAACUGCAAUCUUUACCUACAUAUUCUGAUGUAUGUAUAACAUUGAAUGAUAAAUUGGAUUAUUUGUUUCAAUUAUCGAAUUAGUUAAUAUUUAAUAGGCAGUGCAUGUAAUUUAGAGUUAAAAUGCUGAUCAAGACGACUCCAUAAAGUUAAGUUUAAACUGCAAAAUUAGAAAUUGUUCUAGAUUCAUGAAAAAUGAAUUUGAUUUUAAGUUGUCACUACUAGAAAUAAGCUAUCACAAAUCCCUUAUAGAAUACCAUUUUUUACUUUAACAUAUUAACAAAAAUGCCUUUCACUUUGGUCAAUGGCGAUAGAGACCUUUUCAAUUUCCUACAAAUGGAUGUACGUCUUUAACUGGUGCCUUGAGUUGUGUAGUGAUUCGAUAAUCUUUCUUAUCUAGAUAAUCAGCGCCACCCCUCCGCCUUCUUCCAGAAUAACAAAUACAAAAAAGGUAAGUACAACAACUACAUUCACCCCCGAAAUCACAACAGAGAAAGACAAAGACAUGAGCUUCACCACACAAUCUCAAACUCAAAAAGGCAAAAAAGAAGAAACAUCCUCCAAAUGUUCACCCACAUUAAUAACUUCCACUACAAAAAAAACAAUCGAAGGUACAAGAGAAGCAGCAUCAGAGUCUGGUGGGAGAAACUCCGCUACUAUUGCUGUAAUAGUUACUCUUCUUCUGGUAGCCUUGGCACUGGCAUUGGGAUACCUGGUCUACUAUAGAAAACGAAAAAGGUAAAGUUCAUCCUUUGAAGCCUCUUUUAAAAUGCCUUGUUGGUUGCCACACCAAAAAAACAGUAAUUAAGGUGGCUCGCUACAGUUUAUAGAAAUGUUGAAAUGUUUAUGUUUAUAAAUUUUUAAAAAAUUUGGCAUUACAGAAUUUUUUAAAAUUGGUCAGAUAGUGUAUUAUACUAUAAGAAAAUGUUUUCUGAAAUAAAAAAUGGGGGUAACCGACCUUUUUUUAAAGUAAAAUGCGUUCAAAGCCAAAAUAUCGGCCAUCUUGAAUCGUCAUUGUUGCCAUAGCAACAGUGGUGACGUCACUUUUCUGAGCAAUUUUCGACUGUUUGAUUGUCGCUGUAUAUAUAAUAUACAAAUAUCGAUUUGUAAAGAGCAUCAUCUCUUCAAAAAGGUGAUCUAGUUUACGCAUUUUCAACAUUUCUUUAAACUGCAGCGAGCCACCUUAAUUAAAGUCAUUAUUUGCGGUAAGACUAGGAUAAAUGUGAUCUGUACGUAUUCUUUAAAUGAAAGAAAGAUUUAUUCUACUUUAGAACGCAAACGCAGUAGAACAACAGUAAUGGUAAGAUACACCUUUUUAUUAAUCUUUGCACCAUAACUAUAAGAAUAAAGACUAGAAAUGUUAGCGUCGAGUGCAUGCAUGCAAUUAUUUAACAAUUAGACAACGAGGCCGAGUUGUCUAUGAGCGAAUAGUCAACGAGGCGAAGCCGAGUUGACUAUUUGCUCAUAGACAACGAGGCCGAGUUGUCUAAUUGUUUUAGUAUAAACUUUAACAUUAAUUUAAUUACAACUAGGCUGCAAACACAAUACAAAAAUACACAACAAAAACAUUAUAAAACCAUUAAAGGUAAACAAAUAUUUGUUUUUGUUCGUGUAAAAUGUUUUAAAAAAUUCAGUUUUAAUUUUAAAAUUUCAUUGAGUGUAUGUUAUUUUGUCUAUUUUCUUAUCCUUAAAAAUUGCCAUUCCAUAUUUUUGUUGCUUUUUUCGGGGGUUUUUAGUACAGAAUUGUUCAACAAGUCGUCCAAAAAAUCAUCAGACACUUCGGCAAAAGUGCAAAACGCGAAUUUUCCGCCAUUUUGAAUUUUCUAUUAGUAGGCUAUCACUAAUAGCCUACUAGUAGCGUAGCCAAUCAGAAGGUACGAAAUGUGAUAGCCUACUAGUAGGUUUAUACUAAAUCCAGUUAAGGUUGCAUGGAAUAUAUAUAAUAUGGCUACAAACCAAACAACCCUUUCACUGAAUCGAAAGAUCAUGGUUAAAUAUAGUGAAAGUCAACUGUUGUGGAGUAACUAUAUACGUUUUAUCUCUCCAUAUUCUCAGAAAUUGGGACUGUCAACUUUUCCAAGGAGAUUUACGAAGACCCAGAUCGAAUAUACGAAACGCUAAAGGAGGAAGGAAAGGAAGUACCACCAUACCAACCUGGAACAUCCUUGGACAUCUAUACAAACCCGGACUGUAAUAUCGUCAGUGUUCCAGCAUCGACAGGACAAGAGUACAUUUAUGCUAACGAUACAGAUUUGCCGAGAUCUAGUGUAGGUGCGAAACCAGCGGCCAAGGAACCUACACGUAAUGGCGCUGUGUAUGAAACAUUAGAACAGCCUGGACAACCGACUGAUGAUGAUUUCUAUAACUACCCUGACAACACCAACAUAGCUAACUAUGGAUCAUCAGAGCUGGAGUAUAUCUAUGCCAAAGAUACAGAUCUGCCUAGAGAUACUGCAAAUACAAAGGCAGUGCGCGAGAGAGAUAUUGAGCCAGCUACCAGUGGUGGUCUGUACCAUACUCUAGAACAGGAUGGACCAGUAUCAACAGAACAAGAGUACAGCUAUGCAAAGAAUACUGACCUACCUUCGAUUCCUCCGAGUAUCGCACAAACGAGUAACGAACAUUCUUCUCCUGCUCUCAACACUGCACUGUAUCAUACACUGGAAGAAUCAAAUCUACCUCAACCACCUGUUUAUUCAACGUUGGAAGAAACAGAAGAUGUAGAAAACCCCCAGGUAACUGAAAAUAUUUAUGAAGUGUAA